AUGCAUGGUGAAAAGAGACCAGCGACCAAAAAGGAUUUGGGCAUCUGGGUCUCCUCAAUCCCGUCCUUCUCACUGCAUCAUGAGAAAUCGGCCCAAAAGGCAUUCGCCGUUUUACGGAUGAUCGGACGCACCUUCUCCCGUAGUAUAUGCAUGGACGUCCAAAUACUUUAUGGGGCCUACGUCAGACCGCUCCUGGAGUACGCCAACCAAGUUGUCUACUCAGGACGCACGAAGGACAUCACCCUCAUUGAGCGUGCCCGGCGGGCCGCUACGAGAAUGUUUGCCUGCCGCAACUCCGUGGACUGCGAAACGCGUCUCGCGAUGCUUGAUCCCUUUCCCCUGGAGUACCGUCGCCUCCGAGGGGGCCUAAUUCCUACUUAUGCCCUGUUUGAACAAAGCUUGGCAAACAAGUCAAAGCGGAAACCACCAGUGAGUGCGACCGAGGAUAUCUACCAUAAACGGGUCAAACAUGAGUCACCGGAAAGUUUUGAACCGAAGUCUGCCGACAUUAUACUACCCUGUUUGAAGGAUGCGUCACCAGUACCGGUCAUCAUUCCCAAGGAAGAUACAGAGGAAACCUUUGUUCGACUCCCGUUAAUUCACUCUUGUAUAGCCAGUCUUUCUGUUUGUACGGAACUUCGUAAACCCGUCUUGUUGGCUGGUCCUGUGGGUUGUGGAAAGACGCGCUGUAUCGACUUUGUGGCUUGUUUACAGAAAGCUUCCGUCUGUCGCGUGCAAAUCAGUGAGCAAACAGAUUCCAAGAGUCUUUUGGGAGCCUACUGUUGUACGGAGACACCCGGUCAAUUUGUUUGGCGACCGGGUCCUUUACUAACUUCUUUAACGCAAGGAUCUUGGCUGGUACUCGAAGAUGUGGACCGUGGACCCGCGGACUUGCAGAUGUUGCUCGCUCCGUUAUUUAAGCCCAAUCAUUCAUCGAGUCAUCGUCUCGACCUCAUUGAUCCCACCACGGGUCUGCCUGUUGAUCAACACCGAAACUUCCGCAUUCUAAUGACGCGUCGGCUUGUUCUCAGUCGCACUAAUGAAUGGCGAAUGGAAUGCGACAAUCCCUGCGCGGAGUUUAUUGACCGACACUGUUCAGUCAUCAUGUUGCCUUCUCUCACUGAUGACAGUCUACGAAAAUUGGUUAGCCGACUCCACCCCUCACUCCACACGUUGCUUGACCGCGUUUUAACUAUUUAUGGGUGUGUUCGGCAAGAUCUGGAGUCCAGUUCAGCAUUCACUGGGUCGCGCACCAUUUCACCACGGGAUUUGUUGAAAUUCUGUGCUCGAAUAUCUCGACCUUCUGUUGAAUCUCUCCAGUCUGACUCCUUGCUGUUGCAUGCAGUUGACUGCUUCGUAGCUUGUGUGUCCGACCCAAGCCGUUUGCUUCAGCUGGCUUCUAAAAUAGCCGGAGAGCUCAAUCUGACUGCGGAGAAGGUUAUGUUCAUUCUCUACAAACGAUCCGUUGAUCUUCGGUUGGAUCCAGACGGAGCAUUGAUGUAUCUAGGACGAGCACAGCUUCCUUGUCAUCGCACUGCAGAGUGGGAAGCACGGUUGGCGGGUGGAGCAACUCUCAGCCAGUCGACCGGGGAUGUUGUUUCUCCGUUCGCUUCAACGCACUUGGCUUGCACUCUGCUCGAGCGUCUUGCAGUAGCUGUUGAGCACAAAGAGCCAGUUCUUCUUGUCGGGGAGACGGGGACGGGAAAGACUUCAGCUAUUCAACAGUUGGCACAUCUUUGUGGCCGCCGUUUGCGCGUAAUCAACUUGAAUCAGCAAUCAGACAGUGUUGAUCUACUUGGCGGCUUCAAACCAGUAGAUACACGCUCCCUUGUGAGGCCUGUGCGAGAGCGUUUCGAAGCACUGUUUUGUCGAACCUUCCGAAUGGACAAAAACGUAGGAUACCUGGAACAUAUCAAUGAAUACUUCAAUUCAGGACAGUGGCGCGAUCUGAUAACCUUGAUGCAGCACCCUACACGUUUGGCUGUCGAACGCCCUGCUGGUUCGGCUAACUUGUUGCAUGAAGAAUGGCUUGGGUUACUCGAUCAGCUAAACCAAUUGCAAAGACGUUUCGAAAAUGCUGUCAAGACAAAUCAGUCGGCCGUAGGUUUCGCCUUCAUCGAGGGUGCUCUGGUUCGUGCUGUGCAAGAUGGUGACUGGGUACUUUUGGAUGAAAUCAAUCUGGCACCUGCGGAGAUGUUGGACUGCUUGAGCGGGCUUCUGGAUUCUGAGCAAGGGAGUGUGACACUAGUGGAACGCGGCGACAAAACACCACUUAAACGCAAUCCGGACUUCCACCUGUUCGCCGCAAUGAACCCAUCAACGGAUGUGGGCAAACGUGAACUGCCUGUAGGACUGCGCAAUCGUUUUACCGAAAUCUACGUUCCUGAACUGGACCCUGGAGUAAAUGACUCACAACUCAAUCCUAUUCGUGCCACAGACCGUGAAGAUUUGGCUAUUCUAGUCAGGGCGUACUUGUUGCCGCUCAAUCCGUCGCCUACACAAGUUACGACAGUUGUACGGCUAUACGCUGCUUUGAGACAAGCGGCUGUCGAAGGUCUGGUGGAUGGAGUUGGCCAAAAACCCCACUUUAGUCUCCGUACCUUGUGCCGCGCUUUGGUCGAAGCUGGUCGUGGAUAUCACGGGAGCACCAUUCGUUCUCUGUACGAGGGUCUGAUAUUUAGUUUCGGGUCUCAACUCAGUCGUGCCAGUCGACCUAUACUGGAUACGUUGGUGCGACGGUAUCUGGCUUUGAUACAUGGAACCCGAGAGCAAAAACUGGACCAUACUUCACUGUCCCAUUUGUUAUCCAGUCCACUCCCCAUGCCUGCUCAUCGAUCAACCCUGAAAGACCAGUCUUCGGCAAUGGACUAUUUACCUGUUGAAGGUUAUUGGGUUCCUCGUGGGCCAGGUGAACCACGACAAACUAGUCCCGAUGCCCUGGUAGACGGCUCUUAUGUGUUGACUCCUAGUGUGCGUGCUAAUCUCAAGGAUCUGGCCAGGGUUGUUGCAGCUGGUGGAAGCCUGCCAAUCCUGCUACAAGGUGAAACGUCGGUCGGUAAGACCUCACUUAUCACCUAUUUGGCUGAGCGCAUUGGCCAGGUGUGCUACCGGAUCAAUAAUCACGAGCACACUGAACAGCAGACCUACCUGGGCACGUACACAGUUGCAUCAGCUACUGCACAAGCAAACAUGACAGGCCAGGUGAAAGACGGCACACCGCCUCCUCUGGUGUUUCAGCAUGGUCCUUUGGUACAGGCCAUGCGUCUGGGCCACUGGAUCAUAUUGGAUGAAUUGAAUUUGGCACCAACUGAAAUUUUGGAGGCGCUAAACCGGGUACUCGAUGACAACCGCACAUUGUUCAUUCCGGACACGCAAGAAGUUAUUCGGGCUCACCCUCAAUUCCGAUUAUUUGCAACGCAAAAUCCGCCUGGUCUGUACGCUGGUCGUAAAGUGCUGUCCCGAGCUCUGCGAAAUCGAUUCAUCGAACUUCACUUUGACCCGAUUCCACGUGGAGAAUUGGAGGUGAUUUUGGAAAAACGAUGUGCCUUACCACAAAGUCGUGCUCAUCGCCUCGUGGAAGUGAUGCACCGCUUACAGCUCGCCAGAUGUCAGUCGAAUGUCUUUUUGGGCAAAGACAGCUUCAUCACACUCCGUGAUUUAUUCCGUUGGGCGGAACGCUAUCGUCUGGCAACCUGUGAUCUGGCGGAUCCAGAAAAUGACUCAGAAAAGCGUUUGACUUUCUUCGAUUGGGAUGCAUACCUCGCAGAGCAAGGAUAUCUGCUCCUUUCUGGUCGUGUAAGAAACGCCGAGGAAACCCGUGUGGUUGCGGAGGCAUUGGAAACUGUCUUCAAGCGACCGAUAUCCGAGGCGAAACUAUUUGAUCUCUCUGAAGAAACCUCCUCAGUGUCGAAGGAGUUUCUUCAGCCCCUUCUGUCGGAGAGUGACGUUCGGCCUGCUGGAUUUGAGCACGUCGUAUGGACCAGGGAUAUGCGGCGUAUGUUGGUUUUGGUUGGGAAUGCACUCAAGUAUAAGGAGCCUAUUCUACUUGUUGGGGAGACUAGCUGCGGAAAGACAACCGUCUGUCAGUUGUUUGCUGCCCUCAAACACCAGAAGUUGCAUUGCGUCAAUUGCCAUCAGUAUACCGAAGCCAGUGACUUCCUUGGUGGUCUACGUCCCAUUCGACGCGUUUCUUCCCAAGACGGAGCAGAAGUUGACGAUGGCCGUCUCUUUGAAUGGGUCGAUGGUCCUCUGGUGGUUGCGAUGUCACGCGGAGAGAUGUUUCUGUUGGACGAAAUAUCUCUGGCUGAUGAUGCUGUUCUCGAGCGUCUCAACAGCCUACUCGAACCGGAACGACGUCUGAACUUGGCUGAACGAUCAGAAGGUGCUGGUUCCAUUGGAGUGUUGGAAACUAACGACUUGACUGCGCACAUCGGAUUUCGCCUUGUUGCUACCAUGAAUCCGGGUGGGGAUUAUGGUAAGAAGGAACUCUCACCUGCAUUGAGAAAUCGAUUCACAGAGAUUUGGUGCCCAACACCGGCUUUUACGAGUCCGAACCUCGAGGCUUUUCCUACAUCCUCCUCAGACUUACAACUGAUUGUGGUGCAUAACUUGAAGCUGCAUCUCCCUUCGCUCAGAACCAGUCCUGAUUUGGCACAGCGGCUUUCGUAUGCAAUGGUAGACUUCGCUUCGUGGUUUUCUUGGGCACUUCACGACGAUACAACAGCCAAUCACUUGGUUUCUACUCGGAAAUCUCCACCUACCAUUCGUGACCUUUUGGCAUGGAUUCAGUUCAUGGAGUCUGUGUGUUCUCGAUCCCCCAAUCCUGCCUCCACGCCCCCUGGAAUGUCAUCGUCAAUAGACCUGCUAAGUGCCUGUCUCCAUGGGGCUUGUUUGGUCUUUCUUGAUGCGGUGGACUGUAAACCCAUUGGCAUUCUCGAAAACCCCAGCUUGGCCGCUCAGGGUGUGAAAUUCCUCCGAGAACGUCUUGAAUCGAUCGCAUCGGAACACGGUUUAGCGGUAGAAAAUUUGUUCGUCGCCGUGAACUAUACAUGUGCUGGAGAUAGCAAUGUGGAUGGAGACUUUAGCUUCACCUCGGAUGGACGUAUGUUCGGUGCUGAUCCGUUCUACAUUGAUACGGGUCCAUCUUCGGACCCCAGUCUAGCGUUCAAUAGUCGCUUCAACUUCUCGGCGCCUACACCAGCUGUAAAUUUGCGUCGUCUCCUGCGUGCACUCCAAGUCCCCAAACGUGCUCUCCUUUUGGAAGGCAGUCCCGGUGUCGGGAAGACAUCACUGGUAUUAGCCUUAGCGAAGGCAACAGGACACGAGGUUGUACGGAUAAACCUUUCUGAGGCUACAGAAGCCAGUGAUCUACUAGGUUGUGAUCUGCCAGUUGAAGGUGCUGCCCCAGGUGUUUUUGCUUGGCGCGACGGUCCGCUUCUCCAGGGUUUGCGCGAAGGCCGAUGGAUCGUUCUGGAUGAGAUGAAUUUAGCUUCACAAUCUGUUCUCGAGUGCUUGAACGCCUGCUUGGAUCAUCGCGGUGAACUGUAUAUACCCGAGCUGGGGGCGACGUUUAAAAUACAGCCAGGUGUCACGCGGCUGUUCGCCUGUCAGAAUCCAGUCCGCGAGGGCGGUGGUCGCAAAGGACUGCCCAAGUCAUUUCUCAACAGAUUCACUCAGGUCUUUUUACAACCGUUGACCACAGCGGACCAGGAAUUCAUCAUGCAACAACUCUACCCACGUUUGCCGGCCCCAGUUAUUCAAUUAAUGGUCCAUUUCAACUGGAAACUCGCUGACGAAGUGAAUGUUGGUCGUGAGUUCGGAACGCAAGGUGGUCCGUGGGAAUUUAAUCUUCGCGACCUGAUGCGGUGGGCUGAGUUGAUUCUGAAGGGCGAGGAGUUCGAAGGAAGUAAUCCGGGUCUUUCUGUGCAUUAUGUAUACACCGACCGAAUGCGCACGGAGGCAGAUAAACGCAAGGUCGCCGAACUAUGGAACUCGGUAUGCCGUGAGCGAGGUGCCACAGAUAUGGUGUACUAUAAGCCACUGGGUCGCAUUUCUAUUGUCAACAACACUUUACGCAUCGGUAACGCUGGUUUCGAUACUGUACCCACGGUCGAUUUUUCUAAAUUGCCAAACCUACUCUUCCUCGAUCAGCAACGUAGUCAGCUAGAGAGUUUACUCAAGAUCCUGGAAAUGGGUUGGAUGGCAAUCUUGGUGGGUCCGCCAGGUUGUGCUGUUUACCUUCGGAUAUACGCUGCACUUCCAUUCUCAUUCAUCCUACAUAGCCCGUCUGUUCUGGAUCGACUGAACAGCGUACUGGAACCCGAUGGCGAAUUGGUCCUUAGCGAACGUGGUUUAGAUUCCAAUGGACGACUCAUCCGGAUGAAACCUCAUCCUGAUUUCCGUUUAAUCCUCAUCGUAGACGAAGUCAGCGGACUUGGUGCUGGUUCAACUGGUGUUUCACGUGCGAUGCGAAACCGUGGUGUUGAGAUCGCCGUAUACAAGGACCUUUCUAUGACAAAUGUGGAUCUGGAUCGUAUUCUAACUUCGAUGGGAAUACGAAAUUCCGUGGUCAACGCUCUGACAUCAUUUCAAGCUUUGUUCUCAACUGCUUGUGGCUUAACCUGCCUGCCAACUGAUCAUAUCAACCUACUGGAUGGUCUGCCCGUCACCGCGGGGCUUCUAAAGCGCCCACCUCUUGAGGCAUUGUUGUCAUGUAGUCAGCUUGCCGAAUGUCUGCUACAAAACCCCGAGACAGACGAAGCAGAACCACGACAACUGUUUGUAGAUGAGCCGGAGGAUGAUAAUCUUUUUCUCACCUUCGACCUUGAACGUCCGAAGACUGUUUGGUGUUGGGCUUUGAGCCGCGCAUUGAAUUUCGCUUACUCAUCGCGACAGACCCAUGCAAAAGCAGCCAGUGUUGUCCGAACACUCAUCAAUCGAUUCCUAUCAGUUGUGUCGGAUGAGAUCUCACUGGAAUCUAUGUACCACCAUUCAGGUGUUGUUGGUCCACGCUAUCUCUUGCACAGUUUACGUCAAUUGAUUUCUUGUGGAAACCCUGUUGAGUAUCGCCAAAAUCAUAUCCAUGUGGUCGCUUUGGCCAUCUCAUCGACUCAGUCAUCCCCACCUCCACCUCACUUGAUCCGUCGCGUGUUACUCGAGCAAGCUAACUCAGCGGAUUUGGGCGGGCUGCCGGGUCACGUAAAGGCCGUAUUCGGCCACGUAUGUCUGACACCCGAUCUUUCAGAUUAUUCUUCUCAAGCCACGGCAGAUCCUUGGGAACUGUGGCCAGACCUUCGUUGGGCUCCCGGCUGGCGGCAUUUGACGAACUCCUUGGGUGGACCUGUGUUGGAAUGGGAUAGGGUGUUACGCACUCUUUUGGUCGUUGAACUCCUGCAGAUGCAGCUGGAGCUCAUUCCCCCAAAGUCGUCGACAAAUCAAAGCUUUGGGACACUUUCGUCGUUAUCCGUUUUGGUUGUGGCCCACAAGUUCAGUGUUGGUCAGAUACCGCCUACCUGGCUAGAAAACUAUCCCGGUUUGAAUGCAAUUUUGGACCAAUGGACACAAUUUUUGCAAGCCUUCGUAGCGGACCGAACUGUGGCAUCUCAGGGGACGUCACAUGCUUAUUGGUUAUCGAUCAUCCAACGGGUGGGUUUAAUCUGGACCUGGUUGCAUCACUUUGCACUCAAGCCGCUUGGCGAUCCACAGGAUUGGUCCGAUCGGCUGGAAUUCCACAAUCAACGGGCAAACCUGUCCGCUGUGGGUGUGAAUGGCUUUAUUCCCAUUCUCAGUGCUAUUCGCUCGGUCCUCUCUCUUCCUGUCCCGAGAGUCGUUUCUUUCUCAAAUUCGGAAUUCAGUCCAAUGACACUGAAUUGUGUUUCUUUUGGGAAGAAAAUUGGUGAUUUGCUACAACUGCUGCAGUUUGGCGAACUAGAAGAGGAGGAUGAGGAUGAUUCGAAUGAUGAAUCUUUAGCAGAUGAAGAAGAUCUUGUCCAUCAAGAGGGGGUCCGCGACAACCUCUCCUCUAAUUUAAUGUGCUUGUGGCCUUUGUCGAUGCUGAGUAUUCUUCAUACCAUAUAUCAGAUGGCUGAGGUUCAACGCCAGUCCGAGUCAUUGCGUGCUUUUGUCCGGUGUCUUUUGCUGAGCAUGACCCGUCCACAACUAAUGAGUCUACUUUCACUGGCUCAGCCCUGUCACGUUACUUCAUCUGUGCAGAAACGUGCAGUCGAACAAUCCUUACUGGAGAUAUCUGAAAAGCAAGCAUUUGAACAACUGUGUGCUCGUCUGGAUUUAGUUAGCACUGGUCGUUUACUGCCCUAUCGUUCAUUUGGAACACUGGAACGACCAUCCCUCAUCAAUGAGUGGCGAUCCCUAGGUCAAGCUACCUUUGCCAUCACGUGGCCAGCGUUAUCGCGGUACAACAUGGGAGCAGAACCGACAUAUCAAACCCUUUUCGGGUGGUUCAACAGUCAAAAGGCCUACAAGAUUGCUCAUGUAAUGCUGAGUUCGCACGUGCGUUCGCCAAAUGACGCGACGUAUGCUCCCUGUCGGUCAUCCAAUGUAAAUGAUAUAACGCUGAACCCGGAUUUAACCGACUUGGUGCUAAGAAGCGGACAGCUCUUGCACGCUGUUGACGAAGCACUCGUUACUAAAAUCCACUCUCCUGCAAUUCACCACGCUCCUAUGCAUCCUGACUCAUCGUUUUCGGAAACUCACCCAGACUUGGAUUCUCUGCUCCAAUGGAUCGUCUCCAAGCUGCAGCCGCGGUUAUCCGAAAGUGUCCUCAUGGCUUCUGUGUCCCCAAAUUGGUCUGAAAUCCUUCAGUUAUGUGAAUGGCUUAUUGGUUAUUUGUUGAAAAUCAAAGAUGAUCCGUCCAACAAUGAUCUAAUUGGCAUCGCUUGGACUCUUUUCGGUUGCCUCUACGUACGAUGUGUUUGUCCAGUCGCUCCGCUCGAUCCAUACAUAGUUGCACGAGUUGAAGAGGUCGCAGUGGCCACUGAGCUAGAACGAGUGGAUCGAGAAAUCGAGUUGCGACGAGCCAUACGCAGAAUAUCUUUCGGCGACCCAUCGGGCGCGCUCCCCAAAGAUGGCGAUGAUUCAAAUGAAUGGUUCUCUGCCACAAACCUCCAAGGGUUGGCUGAAGCCGGCUUGGAACACCCUUGGAUCAGUGCUAUAGUCACCUACCGUGAGCAGUUAGUGGAAAAGUCAGAGCAGUUGGCUAAGCACAAUGUUAUUUCGCGCGGACCUAUCCCCCUUUCUCGGCAGGUCUCCAACAUUCAGUACUCGCAACUUCGGCGCCGACUAUCUACAUUCGUGGUUGGAUUCACCGAAAAACUCCUGCUUCACCGUUGCUCCAAUCAAGGUCUACCUCAACUCAAUCCGGACAGUAUUCAGCGGUGGUUGGAAGUGGCCUCCGACCUUGCUGAAUGGUUGACGGAACCUGAGAGAUUCCAUACAUUUGCUGACAUUGUGGAACCGUUAUUACAUGGAGUGCUUGCGACUUUGGUAGAUAGAAUUUGCACCCGAGAUGUGCAUUGGCUUCAAAGUUUACUCGUAUUCUAUCUUCCGGGCAUUUGCUCUAAGAGCCACAAGACUAUUGAGGAAGAGGAAUUCAAGCUGGAUGUUGUCUAUUCUUCGAGGUUUACAAAUAUGGACACAUUAUGGCCCCCUGCCGAUGAAUAUGAAGGUAAGGCGGAAGCGAUGUCAGCGACGGUGACUGAUCUGGUUGGUCUGUUGUCAACUGGCCUAAUGAGCAAUCAAACAGUCAUUGAUCGACCGCUUUCACUCAACUGUCUAUCCUCAUCCCUAUAUCUGGCCUACCAACUGACUAGCGUCAGUGUCCGCAAUACACUAAAACAAGCAGCCAUUGCAGUGUCCCUGGAAACGAAUCCUUCCGGCCCUACUCAAGCCCUGGCCUUCCAGGUGGAAUUCCGCUUAUUCUCGUUAAUACUGGAUCUUAUCUGGUUGCAUCAUGUUGACUCUGCUGGUAGUCAUGACUAUCAGCUUACCUCUUUCACGGGGCGACUCUUAGCCUUUCUCAACCGACCCUUGGCCAGACGUUGGCAUCAAGCAGAAGCUGAUCGGAAGAAAGCGGCUGCUGAGCGGGCUGCUCUUUUCAUCGAGGCAGCGAGUCGAAAGCACCGGAUACAGGGUGAACUUCAACAAGGGUCAAAGUCAAAGAAGGACAAUGCACGGGACGUGCAAGCAGAUUUGAUCGAUCCGGAUUUAGUAGAAGAAGUCGAGUGGCGAUUGCGCUUCCCCGAAACCGCUAGCCUUAACGCAUUGGCGGAAAUGAGCGCGGAGUCUGGACAGCUUGGUCUGGGACGAGAAGAACAGAUACAACAGACCGUUCGAAAGCUGGAGCAGGUGGACAAAUGGUUAGAACGGGCUCUUGGUGAAACCACUCGAACUUGGAUCCCCGAUGAGUCGGAACUCAUUUACUGGGUCGAUCGGACAGUCGAACUGCUGUUGUCUCAAGCUACCAAUGUGGUUUCUAAAGACCAUGCGUCCGAGUGGCGUUGGCAUACUUUACUCAAUGGAUACAGUAUGGCUAGCUGGUUGACCUUACACAGUUCUGUCAGCUUGGACCCAAGCACGGACAAACAAAGUCUGUCGACCCUUUUAGCUAUCACAGCCUAUUUGGCACAAAAUGACUUGCGUUCCAAAGCCCGACUACCCAUUCACCAAGAGCGAAAUGCGUCUUUGGAUGUUUAUCGGGACCCUAUACCUUUGGAUGCUGCUUCGAGACUGUUGGCCGUUCUGGAACAUCUAGAACGCAGGGUUAGACAGAUUUUACACGAGUGGCCGGGCCAGCCGAGUCUACUUCAUCUACUCACGCUCAUUCGUCGCCUCGAAGGAUUUCAUGUUUCCGAUCCACUGAUGAAGUUUCUUACAGGAGUAGAAAUGAUCUGGCAGGAAAUGCAUGAAUGGGAGAAGAAUGCAUCCAGACACGUGUCUUUAAUGGACCAGAUCAAAGAAGUUUGUGAACUUCUAAUCGAGUGGCGCAAAAUGGAACUGAAAUGCUGGCUUUCCACUCUGGACACCGCGACAUCCGCGUUCUCGAGUCGUGCGGCAACCUUGUGGUUCCAUCUCCAUGACGUUUUUUUGAGACCACCAGGACACGCUACCUCUGAUUCCACUGUGGGGAACACCCAGUCGGAAUCGGAUCGAUGUGAAGUUUUGGUCGAAUUAAUGGAAAAUGGUCCUUUGGGAGAAUUCCCGAUGCGCUGGCGUCUGCUUGCUGCUCUCCGGACCGCAUUGGACAUCUGGCCUGGCCUUCCAACCCAGGAUCGCGAGACAAACAAACGGAUUGUUGGCAAUGUGGCCUGGUUCUACGGACAGUUUCUCCCUGCCGUGCAGAAUGAAAUCAAGUGUCUACGAAAGCCAAUUGAAAAAGACUUACGGGGAGUUGUACACAUUACCAAAUGGGGCGAUUAUGCAUGCUUCUGGUCAGUUAAAUCCAACGUGGACCGAUGCAAGAGGACCAUUCACAAGCAGGUUCGGAACUGGGAAACAAUCCUUCGCCGUCCAGUUCGUCCGCUUUUCGAGACUGCGAUAUCUGUUCCACGAUUCGAACGUCCACCCAACGCGGACUGUCCGGACAUGCCGGUCUCUUCACUUCCAAGUGCGUCAGACGCGAAGAACUACUGGCUCUCACCUCAAGACUUCCAGUGGAUAUGCACUCAGCGUACCAUGAAUCCACAGUUUGGUAGCCACUUCGGGCGACUUCCAACGCUCGUGCCAAAGUUCCAUGUCCAUCUGAGACGGAUGGCAUCUGGUUCUCCAGUCACCCACUGGAUUCAGCAACUUCAGACAGGAACCGAAGCCUGGGCAGCCCUGCUGACUGAUCUAGAAACGUGCACUCGGCAGCUGGAGUCAACCUGUCCUCCGGCCCAUCUACUCCGUCAACUCCAUGCUGCAAAGUCUACUGGCAAACGGAAGGUAACCGGGUCCGAUAAUACGGAAGAACUGGAACAGGCUCGACGUUGGAAUCAGCAGUUCACAACGCUACAACAGCGCAAACGCUGGGCUCUUUCCCAAUGGUUCAAGGUUGCAGGCAACCCUCACAGAGCCAACCCUGGAGAAAACGCACCUCAUUCGUGUUCAGAUCUCGACUGUGAUACAUCUAGUGACGCUGUGGAUACUGAGCUGCCGGGUCCUGAUGUUGACCUGAAUUCAUAUGAUGACGACAACACUUCUUUGCCGCAGCUGGGCUUAUCCUACUUACGUGGACAGCGCUACUCACAUACUGGAUCGAUGACGUCAUUCCUUUCACAACUUAGCGGCGAUCCGUGGAGAUACGUGCACUCGCACGAGGGAACUGAUCUGUACCGAAUAGGCAGCAAAGAGUACACCUUGCCUACCAUUGUGUGCAGACGCCUAGCUUGUCUGGUAGCUCUGCGUGGUGGCUUACCGCGUACCCCAGGCCCACCCGGUGCCACCCCGGAAACCGUUUCUGAGAUCGUUACAGAACUUGGUGGACCCACUAACCUGGCUCGGCUAACUGGCCUGGCCGAUGAUUUGUUGAACAACUGUGUCGCUGCCAUUCGGAGCUGCAGCCAGCUGACCGAAGCUGCAAACCAGCUGUUUGUCCAAUCAGACGCUUUUCGAUCUACCUUCGACGGGAAAGCAGAUAGUUGUUCCUCGGAUGUGGCAAAGGAUGAUGUAAUAUAUGUGCCUCUUGGUUCUGAUCACAUACAACUACGUAGGAUCCGAACCUCCGUUAAAACUGUGGGUCAGUUGGCUCGCGAUGCUCUGCAACAGUGCACCCUUUUUUGGGGUGUGUGUCAUCAACUCCAGUCCACAACCCCUGUGACUACAGAUGAUUUGAAGUGUAUUUUCGGCUCGGACCUCUGGGAGAAUUUGGUUGCACCUGUUGCCCUUCCCUCAAUCAAGGUAUUUGCGGAUUUCUGCCGUCACAUUUGCGCCAACUAUCUUGAUCGAUUAACCGCAGCAGUUGAGGCGAUUUCUGAGAAUGUCAAUCUCAUAUCGGCUUCACCCACUUUCCUGCUCACCCAUUCGUCCUGUCAAAUCUAUGUGUGCCUGUCAACUGCUUUGGAAUCCUUCCUCUCGAUAAGUGAUGCCAUUGUGUCAGACUGUCGCCAAAAUGGCUUUCAUAACAAUGUGGAAUCGAGUCUUGCACGAACAACCGAUCGUUUGCGUUUUGAAUAUCAGUUCCUUUCCACAAUCGUCACUCAGAACGCACUACGUGCACUGCGUUGUGAUGAAAUUUCGAAAGAAGAGUGCGACAGUGCGCUUUGUGUCCUAACUGACAAUCUCAUUCAAAGUAUACUUCGUACAUUGGGGACCUUAUAUCAUGCAGAUCGAUAUUCCGAGGAUAUGGGACAGAUUGACCUACUUUUGCACUUUUCCGAUGAGAUGUCGGUUUCUGCGUCAGAUUUGAUCUUGGCCCAAGUGAACAAGUUGUUGACCCGAUGCCGUGUUAAGUUGGAACAGAGCCAGGGUGACGUUUUGACCUCAGGUGUGCGUCUCACUCGAGCAGUUUUCCCGCUAGUUGAUGCUUUAUCCAAAGCUGUUGAACUUCGCGCAACGCAGUUCUGGCAGCUUCUGGAUGAGUGGACUAGACUGGGCGAACGUGUUCUUCGUAUCACAGGGCGUCUUCUUGUGGAUGGUUUUUGCCGUCCAGCUGGUUUAGACCGAUCCAUGUCAGAUGAAGCCAAUGGCGGUAUGAGCUGUGAUAACCAGGCUUUGGAUUCCCGGGAGCAGGAGGGUUCCGGCGGUGGUACGAGUCUAACAGCCGAAGGUGUCGAUACGACUGGUGCCAAGGACGUCAGCAAGGAACUUGAAUGUCAAGAGCAAAUCGAAGGUUUAAUGGAUGAAACUCAGAAAACCAACCAAGCAGACGACCAUGGAGCCGCGGAAGACGAAUCUGAAGGUAUAGAGAUGCCCGAUGACAACUUUCGCGGUGAAUUCGGAGACGACCAGCCGCUAGGGAUCGAUGAGCAGGAGGAUGAGCUAAGUUCUGCAGAGGAUACACAAGACUUGGAGAACCGAAUGGGGGACGGUGCAAACGGAGCAUCCGAUGAAGUGUUCAAGGAAAUGUGGGCUUCCGACAAUGAGGAGGAGCCUGCGAGUGCACUACCUCCUGCUGAGAACGAUGCAGGUGGUGUGCAGGAUCAGACCGAUGGGAAACAGGAUGAGAAAGACACCAAGGACGGCAGUGAUGUUCAGAGGCAGAAAAAAUCGUUAGACUCAGAUCAUUCCGCGCAAGAAGAAAAUGAGGAAGCUAAUUCAGGCGAAGCUGAAUCGAGUCCUCCAUCUAAGAAAGGUCCAAAGUCAGUGAAAGACUUCCAAAACAAGACAACUGUUGCAGGUGAUGAUGGUCAAAUGCCCCCAAACAAUGAACAGGAAUUGACACCAGAUGCUGAGUCCGAACAAGACCAUUCAACCGAUGGUGAUCAGGCUCGAAAGGAAGACGAUUCAUUAGCCGCGCUUGAGGCCAAAAGGUUGGAAGACGAAGAGGAGUCAACAGGCAAUCAGACAGAAGAUCUUCCGGACGAUCUUCCCGACGAAGCCAUGAAUUCGCCUUCGGAAGAGGCUGCUAAUGCGGAUUCCGGUAAACCGGAAGAGGAGAGCGGGCAGGAUGAAGUUGACCCCGGUUACGAGGACCAAAUCAUGCCCCUUGAUCAAGGUGCCGAGGAUCAGACCGAAUUGCAAGAUCCAAAGAUGGAAGACUUUCAAUAUAAUCCAGCCUCGGGAGAUUUGGGCCAGGACAAGGCUACGGCCGGUUUGGAUGGCGCUCCUGUGAGCGAGGAUACAAGACCAACGGAACACGAUCGUGAACAAGAUUCAGUUCAUCAGCUACCGGAACAAACAGAACAGUCAACCGGAAGUAGAGGAGGACAGCGAGUUGGUACUGGUCAGUUCGGUGACCUCGCCCCUGAUCAGAUAGAUGCGAAGGAUAGAUCAGCUCCGGCUGCGAAAACCGAGGGUAUUGCACCGAAAAGGCGGAGCGGACUGAAGCCUGUGUCUGAAAAUCGAUCACAGGAUCCAAGUGCUACGGACGCAAUGAAGAAGAAAGAAAUAUUAGAUCCGGCCAAAUCAGGACAAGUCCGCUCUCCUGAAAUCGACCAAGAGGGGCUCACGGAUGCUGAUUUGUAUGAGCACAUGGAAGAAGACACAAUGGAUACCGGAAAUGAUUCUGGAAUAAGAGCGUUUGAUUCAGCUACAGAAAGUCAAAGAAAACAGCAAACACGAUCGGAACAGAAACCGGAGCAGGCGGACACAGAUGUUGGGCUAGAAAAUGAUGAAGAAACAAGGGAGGUGCCACCGAAUCUCAUCCCCACAGAUGUUCCGGAAGAGCAGCCACUCUCGUCCGGCCUACCUCUUCAGCAGCGCCUUUCUGGAAAGUCUUCUAAAGGCGAUCUUGCUGGAGAAGAUGUCGUGGAGUCUGACCCAGACGCGAGAAUUGUUGCUACCCUCGGGGCUCAAAGACCUCCGGAUUCGUUUAUAUGUACUCGUCCUGAAGCUCUCGUUCAAUCCACCGCUGGGUCGCACAUGUUUGAUGUCGGUUUGGCGGUCGAACGCGCAGACCUUCAUUCCGUCUCGACAGAGGAAGCCAAGAAGGCCUUUUUCGAAUGGUCCGCGUGUUCAGCUCGAUCAGCUGGGUUGGCACGACAACUUUGCGAAUCACUUCGUUUAGUGCUUGAACCGACCAAAGCGGCCCGCAUGCGUGGGGAUUAUCGCACCGGUAAACGGAUCAAUAUGCGCAAGAUCAUACCAUAUUUGGCGAGUCAUUUCCGGAAAGACAAGAUAUGGCUACGUCGUUCCCAACCAAGCCAACGCGAAUAUCGGAUUCUCAUAGCGGUUGACGAUUCUUCCUCGAUGUCUGAUAACCUCUGUCGUCAGAUGACGUUCGAUUCGUUGGCUACGGUUGUUACGGCUCUCAAUCUGCUGGAAGUUGGCCGAAUCGGAGUUUGCAGCUUUGGGGAAUCUGUUCGCAUACUCCACGACUUGCAAGACACAUGGGUAGGAGACGCUGGUGCCAAUGUUCUUGCUCAGUUUACCUUUAAACAAUCCCGCACUUCCCUGAUACAGUUAUUACAAAGCGCCAUAAAAGCGAUGCAAAUGUGCAACUUGCCCACAACAACUGGAUCCAUGCCAAGUCAGUUGCUCCUAAUUCUGUCGGAUGGAGUAUUCUCAGAAGAUCCUCAGGACUCGAGGGUUCAGGCUGCGGUCAGGUUGGCCAGGGAUUCCCGGCUCUUUCCUGUUUGUCUGAUAUUGGACGAUGUACGCAAAAAGCAUUCCAUUUUUGACCUGAGACGCUACACGUCCAGUGGAAAAUUGGUGCCAUAUAUGGACACUUUCCCUCUGCCAUUCUACCUGGUGCUACGAGAUGUGACCGCCCUACCACAACUUCUCUCGGAUGCUUUACGUCAGUGGUUUGAACUGGAGGCUUCUUUCGGUCGGUAGACCCGACUUCCGACCCCAUUGUAUACAGUAUUCUUGUACAAAGACUGGAUCUCUGGAUAAAAU